UGUAGAUUAAGACGUAUGUACAAAGCGACUUGUGCGCUAUCAGUCCCCCCCUAUAUCAUCUGGUCCAGAUGUGAGCUCCCAGUUGCAGACAACUCACUUUCAGAGCAGACUGUCACUUCUGGAAACCAGACGCAAUCAAUAGCAGACAUGAACACAAAGUACGCCAUCGCCCUGAUCCUGGCUCUGCAGGUCUCCAUGAGCCUGUGCGAAGUUCCCGCACCGGACCAGGAGCUUGUGGAUAAAUACAACACCUUGAAGGGCGUCUUCUACAAGCGUCUGAUCAACGCUUACGGCAAAAUCCAGGCAGCUGUGGCCCCAUUAGUUGAGAAAAUGGGAGAGAGCGACCAGGGCGCCAAGGCCAAAGAGUACUUGGAGGAUCUGCAGACCAAGCCCGAGCUCCAGGCCAUCAUCAAGGUUGGCAGCGGGAUAGUUGAAGAGGUCGGCCCCCUGGUGGACAAAGCCCGCACAUCCGUCCUGGGCCUGUACGGACACUACCUGCGCCCCCAGAUCGGCGAGUACCUGAACGACGCCAUCAACAAUAUCAAGGUUUACCUGGACAAGUUCCUACCCGCCCAGUAAAAAGCUUGGCCGGCUUUUCCCGGAAGCCUGACGGAGACCGCGCAGCGCUUCGAGCCCCAAGGAGCACCGAGCAUUGUUUUUUUUCUUUUCUAUUAACACCAUCGAAUCGCCAACGCCGUCCACGCCAAACGUACUCAGCGUGUGCAACAUGUUUGUGUUUGCUACACCAACAGUAGUCCUCGUGCGAAUAUGUGCAUGUUUGUAUCUGUGAGUGUGUGCAAUAAAAUGAACAGGAAUAAUAAUAAAAAAAUGUCUACAAGGUGCCUGUUUAAGCUUAAA